AUGGAAGGACAGAGCAUGACGUAUACGCCAUCCUACGCCAACGACGAACAUCGCCGCAUCGCUGCCGCUGCUCUGCGGCUCUCUCACUUACACACUCCGACCAAUGACAUCCCCUACACCCCCAAACCAGACGACGAGCAACGGCGCCGUGACGACGAUGAUGUCGAGCACGACAGUCCCAUCCGUCUACCGCAGGCUGCGUACAUCCUCUCGCCGGCUGCAGAGUCUGGCUCCAUCGACGCGGACGCGGACGCCGACACAGACCGAGAUGCGGAGGACUGGCGACGGAUGAAGAUGAAGAUGAAGAUGAAGAGCGAGAGCAGUAGCCGGGCGUCGAGGGAGAGCAGCAGUCUGCGUCGGCACGAUGUCUCGUCGUCUUACGGCCGUCACAGCCAUCACAGCCAAAGGCAUAGCCAGUGCCACAGCCACGUCUACAGUCACGACCGGCAUCGUGUCGACGGAGGCAGUAACCCCGGUGCAGACAUCGAGGAGGGAAACGAAGACGACGACCACACUGACGAGACGGGCUGCUCAUCGCAUGAAAACGCUUUCUUCAUACUACUCCGAAUAUCUUUAUACCUACCACUCUUUACCAUCUUCGCGGCCCUCUACGCCUUCUUAUCAGUAAUAUUCCUCAUCCUCGCCACACCAAUACGUCUCUGUCCGCCAUCACAAUUCUUCAAACGCCCCGUCUCCCUCACAGAACAAAUAUGUCGUCUUCUAGUUCCGCUGCUGAAGAUGAAUCGUCGGAUAGUCAGCACAAAGAACAGUUGCUGCUCUCCUACCAAGCGAAAUAGACGGUACAAUAGUGCGCAUUCAAGCAUGCCCACAUCCACCAUGACGUCGCCCAGACGGUCCUAUACAGUAUCUACGCCAGUCUCCCCAUCUCUCCCAACUUACACCUUGCGCGCACAAGCUGCUACGCCCGGCCAGUACUCGAACUAUUCUGCCCCGAUGCUCGUGGCCGUACACCUGCUCUCCCCCCUCUUACUACCUCCAACCUUGCUGGCGGCCUGGAUAUGUGCCUGUUUCUGGAUCUUCGUGAUGAUAAUGGGCAAUCCGGACGGGAAGGAGAAGACGGACGAUGGCCGGGCCGCUGUUCUGGCAGUGAGGAAUUGGUGGUGCCUCUGGCUAGCGAGUGCGAAGAGAAAAAGGAAGAGAAGAGAUAUGGGAGGCGAGGCAGGGUGA